UCGAUAGACUACCCACCUCCAAAAAAAUCAUAUUCCAUAUUCCAUUUCCCAUUCAACUAGCAAAAGACUUGCAGCGAAAAACAAAAAGAAAGAGAGAAUUCCUUUUUGGGGUAAUUCCUAUCUUCACACCGUUUCUCAAAAUGACAUCGACCUUACUACCGUUCCUUUACCAGACGAGGACCAUCUUACGAGGUAGUCUACGAGGUAGUCCUCGAAUUUCCUCCUCACUUUCUCGUUCCUUACAUGCCACGCCGCGACAAUUAAGAGAGGAUGACGAAAUCCCAUUUGCCUCUUAUGUUCCCAAAGAGAGACUCCCGCCGGACCAAAGCUUUCGUAGUGGCACCAUCACCCCGUCAGAGAGACGCAUCUUCGAAAAAAUCUUCGCGGACAUAAGAGCCCGCGGCCUGAAGCCUUUCGUGCCUGCAGAUUCACGGCAAGCAGCUUCGCCCGCCCGUACCGCCAUGUCCAGAAUGCAGAAAGCUGCCGAAGACGAUGCUAACAGGCGUCGCCCGGCUACCGUUACCACAACUGGUUUCGAUGGCCUUACAGAUGAUCGUCGCAAGGCUCUUUUAAAAUUUCCACCUGAAUUGCGCGCCGCUGCUGGCAAGGCGUUCGAUACUAUCAAGCCUCCAAAAAGACGUCCUGAUGAUGAUGACAUCAAAUACGACGAAGCUUCUAUCGCGGCCAACCAAGAAGAUCCUGAUAGCGACGAAGGUUGGAAAGUGCCCGACAAUGCCGUUGAUCGCAGUAUGGAGCUAGAGGCUCAACGCUCUCCCGAGCGAACCCGUGUUGAAGGGUUGAUUACUGCUGCUAAGACCGACUUCGAAAUUUGGGAUGUUCUAGAGAAAGAAGUGUUCACAAUGCCUGCCAGACUUGGUUUCGGCAAAGGCGCACCAAACUUGAAAGAAUCGGAAUCCGAAGAGGAAGAGGAAGAGGAAGAGGAAGAGGAAGUGGAAGAAGAGGAAGAAGAGAUAGAGGAGGUUGCAGCUGGCGAGGAAGUAGAGGAUCCCGAAGAUAUGGCCGCUGCUCUCGAGACGAUAGAUAUGCCAGAAACAAUUCCCGAGGAGGUAGAUGAUGCUGUAUCUGCUGAAAGCGAUCCUACAACCCAGGAAUUGGAUCUCUACAUACAUGGGCCGCUAUAUCCCGAAUAUCUCUUACUUGCGCUAAGACGUCUGAACAGCGCAUUUCGUACCCCAUCGCCUCUCGUCUUCUCCAUCUUGCCUCGAAUCAAAGAGCUAGGACUCGAGUCGUAUAUGCUUGGUGUGUCAACACCUUUCUACAAUGAACUUCUAGAGAUUUACUGGACUCGCCGCGGCGACAUAUCCGGGAUACUGGAACUGCUAGAAGAAAUGCGCCAUUGUGGACUCUCUUUUGACGCGCAAACCGCGUCUCUCCUGGGGAGAGUAAAUACGGUGGUAACUAAGUUAGCGACUAAAGCGUCCUCCGGUUCCUUUGGGAAGGCUCUCAUGACCAUGCCUGAAUACGAUCGGUCAGUGCGACUUCGCGUAAGGGAUUGGUACGAUGCUGUGGACACUUCAGUCAGCCAAAGCAAGGCAUAAAAUUAGAUUUCAAGAGUGUACUUCAACUGGAGUAGCAACUGUUAUUAGUUAAUAUGCGAUUUGAUAAGUGGGAUGCAUUCCGCUUCCAAGUUAAUGGCAACUUACGUCGCAACUCUAUCGCAAGCCGUGUUCAAAUUUCUCGAAUGAUACCGAAGUUUAUUCCAUACCUUAGGUACCUGCUACCUGUCUAAUGUUUGUCCUGUUAAGGCGAUAAUUAUCAACAAGAUGGUUUAAUGCCUAGGACAAUUUCUAGGCCAAAAAAAAAAAAAAAAAAUCAACUCAAUCCUAAGUACACGACAUAGAUGCUUUCCAUCCUUCUUGAUUCGAAACCAAGAUAAUU